AAUUAGGCUUUUUGUUUACUUGUAAUGUUGUGAGGAUGAUUAUGGCUUUUGCGACCUAAUAAAAUAGGGAUGAACCAGGAUCAAGAAGUUCCGACUGCAGUUAGUGAAUUAAGUAGACUUGGGUGUCUCUUCGGCUCUCCCUUCACUUCCACUUGCUACCAGCAAUACCACCAGGAGCAUUACAAAUCCACUCCACCUCCCGGCGUAUUCCCCACAGACUGGAGAGAGCCCUGGCAUCAAGAAGGAAACAGCUGCGAAACCGACGACAGUGAACAGUAUGUUUCGGAUUCGGACUUUCAGCAGCAGAACACGAACACAAUAAAACCCGAAAAUACAAUGUCGGACUUGCUGCAGAACAUAAACAAACCUCCUGCGUAUCCCGUUUCAUACUCAGGGAGCGAAAGUUUUGAAGGGGUUUACACCCCCACAUAUCAACAUAGCGGAUGUUUUUACGCAAAUCCAAUUUAUAACAGGUCGUCAUCGCCGAUGGUUCACAGAAAUAAUGAAGUAACUCAUGUUCCUGCUAAUCUACAGGGAGUUCACCAUCCACCGAACUUGCCGAUCAAACAAGAACCAGCUGAUAGGGAUUUCGAAGCAAAUUUUAGGACGCCUUACGACAAAUGUAAGACAGCCUCAAGUCCAAAUAAAAUUCAUUGGAAGCAGCCAGUGGGACUAGCUAACACAGAAAAAACUUUGGACGAAAAAUCCCGCGAAACGCCCGAUAAUCGUUCAAGUUUUCAAAACCCCAACGGCAGAAGAGGCUCUCUGCAACUGUGGCAAUUCCUGGUGGCUCUUUUAGACGCACCUGAUGCAAGCGCUGGAUGUAUAGCUUGGACAGGUCGAGGAAUGGAGUUUAAACUAAUAGAACCCGAAGAGGUGGCCCGAAGAUGGGGCGCCCAAAAAAACCGUCCUGCAAUGAAUUACGAUAAACUUAGCCGGUCUUUAAGAUACUACUACGAAAAAGGAAUCAUGCAAAAAGUAGCAGGUGAACGAUACGUUUACAAAUUUGUCUGCGAUCCAGACGCGUUAUUCAAUAUGGCUUACGGCAACCAUCAUGAAAAUUCAGUGCGAACACAAAUCGCAAACAGGCCCGAAAAUCUUAGUACCAAAAGUGACACACAUCAUCUGGCUUAUACGGACAUGCUCAAUUUCUAUAACUGUGGAAUUGCCCAUCCUUACCAACACUUGCAUCCUUAUUUGCAGGAUUCUAAACACACGCGUUAUCCUUAAGCUGGUAGUUUAAGAAACGAAAAUCUAAAAAUGGUGCAAUGUUUAUUUAUGAGAUACUCCUUUCUUCUAACAUUAGUCAGUUGUGAAAGUCAA